AACAGGCCUGCAGUAACAGCGCAUCCGCAUCCGGUUAGUGGUCACGAGAUCAUCUCUUUUUCUCUUUCUUUCUUUCUCUUGAUCGAUUUGAUAUUCUAUUCAAUCUCAGAUGUGGUUUCCCUCUCAUUCUAUCGGAUCAUGGUAUAUAUCCUCAGUAUCGGAUAUCCCCAUCAGACAGGUCAUUCUGAUCUAUAACCAUCCACCAAACCAUCCAUCCCGCCGAUCGUCAACGCCCAACCCGCAUGGCGACUGUUCCACUAUUCCCCAACCAUCAUCGCUAAACCCAUUCGAGCCGGAGUCCACCCUCCCUACCAGCAGUGGAAUCCUACUAUGCCAAUUUCGGGUCCCUAGCGGCCGCCGAUCCCUACCCAGCGGGCAAAUCAGAGACACUCCGUCGUCUUCGGUUGAUUUUCCAUGGUCCUCUCCCGCUGCCACACCAGACAGUAGCUUUUGCCGAUUGGAGAAAUCCCAGCGGUCAAUCGGGGAAGCCAAGAAUCAAUUAGUCAGGAUGAAGACAGGCUCGCUCGCUUAGACUCUUCAGCAGGGCCGGGUAGAUCCCGAUCGUAUUUCGUAUUGCGUGUUGCCGUAUCCGCGUAUUCGACACCUAAGGGCCUCCUCCAAUCAAUCGAAGGAUGAUGAGCCCAUAAGCCCCGGCCUGGACGGGGAGAGGAAAGGACUCUAUGGCAACCGGGUGGGGCGGACGA